CGGACAAGAAGCUGACACUAUUUUACAUGAGCGGCAACGGUCCUCCAGCAGGCGACGUUAGUGACUUCUUCGUCUUCUGAACAGAAGAAAAACUUCUUGCCGGUCGAAGACAUUGGUGCCCCAAAUAAACAGCCAUGGGUUUCGACUUUUUGGCAGAGGGUGCUGCCAAUUUUGAGCAUGCCAUAACUGCCACGGGUUUUGGAAAAUUUCACUAUAUGCUAUUGGCAGUUAGUGGAUUGAUUUAUAUGGAUACAGCGAUCGGUAUCACUAUACUUUCAUUCGUGUUACCUGCAGCGCAAUGCGACCUACAAAUGGAUUCCACGUCAAAAGGAUACCUGACAGCAUCACCAAUGCUUGGUAUGGUUAUUGGCUCUUACAUAUGGGGAUGUCUGGCUGAUACCAAAGGAAGAAAAAUUGUCCUUAUCGCAACGUUAUUGAUGGAUGGUAUCGUUGGUAUCGUAUCAUCAUUUGUUCAAUACUAUUGGGUCUUUUUGGCUUUCCGCUUUUUUAACGGAUUCGCCGUCACCGGAGCUAUGGGCAUUUGCUUCCCAUACCUGGGCGAAUUUCAACCCACGAAAUAUCGUGAGAAGAUUCUCUGCUGGAUGGAAAUGUUCUGGACCAUUGGUGUAAUCGUAUUGCCCUUGAUCGCCUGGCUGAUAAUUCCAAUUGACUUCACUUACGAAUCUGACUCGUUUUACUUCAAAUCCUGGAAUCUCUUCGUGGCUUUGUGUUCAUUACCAUCAUUGAUGAUUGGACUUUGGUUAUUCAGUUUCCCGGAAAGUCCAAAAUUCCUUAUGGAAUGUGGAGAGACGGAAGCUGCGUUCGAAGUGUUCAAAUGGAUUUAUGCUCAGAAUACCGGAAAGGAUCCUGAAACUUAUCCAGUUAAAGCAUUGGUGGAAAAAUCAAGUCCUAAGGAAAAGUCAACAAUGGCAUUAAAGCUCCAUAAGCGCAAGGAGCUGAAGAUACUCGUUUCCGAAGUCUGGAAUUUAACCAAAGCUCUAUGCAAGCCUCCAUAUCUUCGUAAUACUUUACUAGCCUGUGGUAUACAAUUUGGACUGACUAGCAGCUACUACACACUGAUGGUUUGGUUCCCAGAAUUAUUCACCAGGUUCGAGGAAUUUGAAGAGACAAAUCCGGGCCAGACCACAUCGGUCUGUAUCGUCUCAUCCAGUCAUAUCAAUGAUACAUCCCAUCCGUUUGGAUGUGACACCACAAUUGCUACCUCGGUAUAUUUGCACACCGUGUAUAUUGGAUUAGCCUGUAUCCCAGGUUCCAUUAUUCUUCCUCUGUUUGUACAUAAAUUGGGAGCCAAAUUUUUCCUGAUUCUGUCGCUGUUGGUAUCUGGUGGAGUGACCGUUGGUUUCUACUACGUAACAAAUUCGACUCAGAACUUGAUUCUCUCGUGCAUCUUUGAAGCACUCACGUCACUAGGUAUCUCAUUGGUAUACUGUGUGAUCGUUGAUAUGUUCCCAACUAAUUUAAGAGUAAUGGCGGCGGCAUUGUCCCUUACCAUGGGUCGGUUAGGUGCAUUGGUCGGUAACUUAGUUUUCGGUUACUUGAUCGACCUGGCCUGCGUCGUCCCGAUCAUUUUGUUCGCUGCAUUCCUCUUUGUAUGUGGUUUUAUGUCCUUCUUCUUGCCGAAGACCGGAAAGGAAACUUUGGACUAAUGAUGUUCAUUUUAGAAAAUAAAAGUAUAUUAAGCCACUUUCAUGUGCACAAGCAGGAACAAAUGUGAAGCUAUUGCAGCUCGACGAUUCCUAAGAUUAAGUGAAGACAGGACGGAAUUGUUGGGAGUUGGGAUUUUUCAAUUUCUUAUUGACUAAUCCUGACAGCCUGUUUCAAAGUAUUACGAGAUAAUUGCGAUAAGGAUUAUCGAUUUCUCUUAUCGAUUUUCAUUUUCCGCCAAUCAGCAUAUGUCUCGUUGUUUUAUUAUAGUAUCAUCGAUCCCUCAGCAUCUCUGUCUAUCUUAUACAUGCAUUCGUAUAAGUACCUAUUUAUUCGCAAUAGCGUUUAUGUUUUAUAUGUAUCAAUAUUAACUUCAUUGCCUUCAUAAUCAUUAUAUUUCAUUUAUAUACCAUAAAUUUACCGCGCUUCGGAUAUAUUUAAUAGCUCGAUAACAAAAGUAGUUUGUACAUGAUGAAUAAUGUAUGCUGGUGUGACAUGAUAGUUGAUACGGUACCAUAUUUAUCAAAGAAUAAAAAAAGUUUUUUUCAGUACCAAAAAA